AUGAAGCAUUUGCUGUGCCUCGCAAUCUUAGUCCUGGCCGUAACGGCUGAGGAGAAGGGCGCGACGGAUAAGAAGCAGGCGAAACGCGGUCUUUUGGAUUUGGGAUACGGAUACGGCGGAGAUUUCGAUAACGGAUAUCACGUUGGACAAGGUUUGGGGAUCGGAGGAGGCGGCGGUGGACACGGAUUCGGCGGUGGCCAUGGAUUCGGAGGUGGCGCCGGAUACGGUGGUGGCGCUGGAUUCGGUGGUGGUCAUGGAUACGGACCAAUCAAUCUGGGACACUCGACUGAUGUUGAGAAGACUAUCACUUAUUACAAGGGUAUUCCGCAACCGUACCCGGUGACCAAGCAUAUUCCGGUUCCUGUCGAGAAGCACAUCCCGUAUCCCGUAAAGGUACCGGUACCGCAACCGUACCCAGUGGAGAAGCACAUUCCGUACCCGGUAAAAGUAGAAGUUAAGGUACCAGUACCUGUACCACAACCGUACCCAGUCGAGAAGCACGUGCACGUUCCAGUCAAGGUCUACAUCGAUAAACCAUACCCUGUCAAGGUUCAUGUUCCACAACCCUACCCAGUGAUCAAGCACGUGCCAGUGCCCGUUAAAGUACAUGUCCCACAACCCUAUCCAGUCGAGAAGCAGGUACCAUACCCAGUCAAAGUACCAGUGCACAUUCCACAACCGUACCCAGUCGUCAAGCACGUACCAUACGCAGUUCAAGUCCCAGUCGACCGUCCAUACCCAGUCCAUGUCCCACAACCGUACCCAGUCCACAUCGAGAAGAAAAUCCCGUACCCAGUGGAGAAACCAGUACCAUACCCAGUCAAAGUGCACGUAGAUAGGCCAGUACCUUACCCAGUCGAGAAACCGUACCCAGUCCCAGUGAAAGUACCAGUACCACAACCCUUCCCAGUCUACAAGCAAGUCCCAGUCCACGUCGAGAAACCAGUACCGUACCCAGUAAAAGUACCAGUAGACCGUCCAUACCCAGUGGAAAUCACCAGACACGUCCCAGUCCACGUAGAAAAACCUGUCCCAUACCCAGUCAAGGUACCAAUCCCAGUCCACGUGCACGACCACCAUCACCACGAUCAACACCACUACUAAACAAAACAAAA